AUGGAAACGUAAAUGUCACUAUGUCAUUGCGUGUUUACGAGCAAGUGAGAUAUGCACGUACCGUCUUUUUAGUCGUAAAAAUCAAACAUUAACAUUAUACGGACGUGCUAUUUUGCAAAAUUUGUUAAACAACUACGUGGCAUUGUAGCGUAAAUCAGUGGUGUUUUCCAAAUCUCGAAGAAAUGAGUGACAGUGCGGGGCCAUCGAGUAGUACAGAUCAAAGACAACGAGGGUUGAACGUAGAAGCUCUCAAACAACAUAUUCUCACUCAUAAAAUCGAUUGUGGUUUAUGGGCAAUUCGAGUUUUGACAAUUCUUUUCACUUGUGGCUACUUUUUGCCAAUUUUUGGGAGUGCUCAAAAUGCCUAUUAUAAGGCUCUCAUUGCGAAUGCUGCCAUCAAUGCCCUCAGGCUGCACCAGAGGCUGGGGAGGGUCAGGUUGAGUCGUGAAUUUGUCGCACAGUUGUUGAUGGAAGAUAGCUGCCAUUAUCUCUUCUAUUCCAUGAUUUUUAUCUAUGUGGCACCCUUGACUUUGGUUUUGUUGCCUGUUGUACUGUUUGCUAUUCUACAUUCGGCCAGUUAUUCACUGACGCUCCUUGAUACUUUGGGGCAAAAUUCCUGGUGGGGCGCUCGCCUUUUGAUAUCUUUGGUUGAAUUCCAGUCGCUGAAUAUUUUGAGACUAAUUGCGUUCACUGAGAUUAUUAUGAUGCCACUUACAGUACUUUUUGUCGCUAUGGGACGGGCUAGUCUACUGACACCUUUUAUCUAUUAUCACUUUUUAACUCAAAGAUACACAUCAAGACGUAACCCUUAUAAUAGAAACAUGUUUCACGAACUGCGAAUUUUGUUUGAGAAGACAGCAGCAAAGCCCACUUUACCAUCCUUUGUUAAAUCUAUUUUAUUGGGGAUUAUCAAUUUCACUGUUAAAUUGGCGCCCCCUCAAGCUCAAGCCCAGCAUCAACAGUGAGCUAACUCUUCGUGUAUCCUCAUUAUAUCAAAUGUUCGUGAUAUGGGUAAUUUUAACGCCUAGUAUUGAUUUGCACUUGUUUGGUCCAUGUUCAAGCAAUUUUUUGCACCAGUUUGAGGUAUGGUUGUAAAAUUUCGUCCGUUACUUUUUUUAUAUACUUUUAACCCAGGAA